CACGUAAACAUUUACCAUUUGAUCAUCCAUUAAGAAUAUUUAUUAAACCAUUUACAUAUCAUACAGUAUCCGUUAAUUAUCAGGCAGCACUCUCAUUAGUUAAUAAUCGUGGUCUCGUACACAGAAUAUGGGCAUCUGAUUAUGAGGAAUUUUUAAAAGUAUGUGAUUAUAUAUCAAUGAAUUAUAAAUUUCGUUUAUUACCUAAUUUUAUUGAUAAAUCGAUGGAUGCAGAUAAUAAUAAUAAAACAAAAGAUGAAUGGGAUAAAAUUUAUCCUAUUCAUCGUGAUCUUAAUGAAUUUUGGAAUAUUAUUCAAAAAUAUGUUCAAACUUUUUUUGAAAUUAAUUAUAAUUUAUCGAUUAAGGAUGAUAAUGAUAAUUUACCAGAUGACUUAUAUAUAACAGAAUUUAUUCAAGAAAUAUGUAAACAAACAAUUUUUGUAUAUGUGAUGCAUAUUGUUCUGAUUUACUGA